AUGAACCAUUUAGGGAAUCGGAGGCUUCAAACUAAAUAUAAACAUAAAAAAGAAGAGUUUCCAGAAUCACUAUUUUCCCUGUCCUUGAAAUGUGUUGCGCACAAUUUGCACUUCAUUUGUAGAGCUACAUCAUCUGGAUAUCAAUUAAACGAAGGAAUAAAAUUACCUAGUUACAUAAGUAACCCGUUUUUUGAAAUAUAUCAAAAUGGCGAACAAAUAUCUGAUUAUUUUGUUUCUUUAUUCAAAGAUGUCACCAGGACUAACUUAACGUCGGUUAAUAUAAAUAAUUCGAAAAUCACAGACGACGGUCUUCUAUGCCUGCUACACGAUAAUUUAUAUGAUCUUACCCUUACCAACUGUCAUGGUCUCUCGUCGAAAACCUAUAUAAAUAUAUCCAAGCACGCUGUAAAACUUCAACUAUUAAAUAUUGAUCACAGUGUACCAAUAAACCCUUUUGAAAUGCUGAAAAACGGUUUAAUACCUAGGAACAAUUUUUGUCCACCAACAUCCAAUCUCAAACAUUUUGUAUUACGGUCAAUAGAAAAAUUUCUGAGUUGUAUACUUAAAAACCUUUUAAACCUUAGGGUAUUGGAUCUCUCUUAUUGUUUAGAUCUUGGCAGUUUUAAAUUGAAUCACAUAAAUCAACUUCCCUACUUACAUACAUUGAUACUUUUCAAUGUGGAUCGUUUGCCACACUUUAUUGAAACAGCACACGAUAUCUGUACACAGGAAUCUCUCAUGUGAGUAUUAUACAAAUGUAUUUAAUUGUAUCAAUUUAAUAUUUAAAAACUGCAUGUGCCCAGUGUUUUAGAUAUAUCACAAACAGAUCAAAGACAAGGUGUUUACAAAGAUGGAAAUAAAACAUUGGCACUAAUUGUGAAAUAUUUUCCAAAUCUCAUGUAUUUAGAUAUUUCUGGAACAAACUUAGCUGGAAAAGGUAAGUUCACGAUUUUUUUCUUGUCAACUAUUUUCAAAUGUCUUCCUAUUUGUCUUCACUGAUUUAGGUAUUGCUGAAUAUUCUCAAUUAUAUGAGUCAUUGAGUAGCAAGAAGUCAGACAUUCUUGGUUUAGAAAGCCGAGUAGAUAAUCCUUUAGAAUUUUUAGGUUUAUACCAUACUACGCAUAAUGCUUGUAAACGACAUGAUAUUCCAGCAAAAUCUGUAAUUAAUGAAUAUAUAUAUAUACUUAAUAUUUAAUAAAAAAAAAAAAAUGGUUCACUAAUAUAUGAAGUUAUGUUUGUAUUUACUUUUCAUAGAUAAGUGGUGAUGCAAAUGAAAUACAACUAUUCAAUGCUGCUGUCUCAUGUAUGAAUAAACCAAAACAACUAAAAAACAUAUUAGAUGAUUUUACUUAUUUGUUGAAAAAUAACCGAUGUAUGCAGACUAUUCAAACACUGGAUAUAGUAUUAGAAGCUCUUACUAAAUAUGUAAAUAACCGUCUUAUCCAAGUUUCUGGAAAGUUAGUACUUACUAAUGCAUUUUACUAUAUAAAUUAUUAAAUGUUUAAUUAAAAAUUGUUUAGUUUUACUCUGUACUAUAUUUUGAAAAGCCCGCCAUUUGUAUUGACCAAUGUAACAGCUAAACGUAUCCUUACUACAACAUUAACUGGGAUAGAGUUUCACAAAUAUGAUGGAGAAAUACUGUUCAAUGGAUGUCAUGUUAUCUGUCAUUUGAGAGUUGAAGAUGUGGUAUUUAUCAAUAAAUAUUAUUUUUAUAAAAUAUAGUUUAUGUUUAAAUGACAGUGCUAAUCUCAAGAAUUUCUGAAAUGGAUUUGGAUAUGGUUUUCAAUGUUAUAAUUUGCAAUUUUUGAAAAUGUAUAACUGGUUUUUCCACAGAAUUUAAAUCCUAAAUUAUGGUAUACUUGAUUUUUGAACUUAGAAUUUUAAAAUUAAUUUCUUUAUUUGUGGGUAUCCUUGGUGGCAUACAUGAAACAAAAAACAGUUAUUUUGGACAAAAUAAUCACUUUUUAAAAAAUGAUAAAUAAAUAUACAAGUGUUGAACAGACAUUUAAUUUGUCAUGGAAAGAUCUUGUGGAUAGUAAAAAUAUGCAAUGUUUUAUUAAAACUUCUAUUUCUUGUCAAUAAUUAAAUAAAAAAAAAAAAUGAUAUUACACAUUUUUAAUGUUCAAUUUAAUUAUUGCAAAUUUAUUAACCAAUUUUUAUAUUAUAUAAAUAUUUAAAAAACCAAACAAUUGUUUUUUAAUUUUAAAAAUAUAUGAAAUAUUUUAUAUAUUGGAUUUUAAUUUAAGAUUUAAAUAACACUCAUAAUUUGGCACAUAACUAAUUUUUAACUCAUUUUUCUUAUAUAAUACUGUGAUACUACAUUCAUUUUAGUUUUUUUUUUUUUUUUUUUUACCAUAUUUGCUCUUGAUACUGAUCAUUUAGAUUGUUAAAUGGUGGAAUAAAUUUUUAUGACUGAACAAUAAAUUAAUUAAUUAUGUAGUUCAAAUUUAUUUUUAUUUUAUAAUUUUAUAUAAGUAAAAUCAUUUAGCAUAAAAAUAAAUAUUUUAUUCCCUUAGGUAUUGCAUUAAAUAAUGUAUAGGUAUAAAUAAGAAUAUUAAAAAAAAGUUUAUAUUAAAGAUGUGUGCAACAACUUUUGUAGACGGAUAGUUGAGGAAGUGGAAUACAUUAAGUUAUUUAAUUUAUUUAAGUUAAGUUAGAAAGUUACUUAAAAAGUAAAUUACUUUACCUAGAUAGUUUUUACUCAUAAUAACUUUGAAACUUAUUUAGUUGAAUUGAAUGUGGAAAAUAUUCUAACUCAUUAAAAACAAAAAGAAACUAGUUAUUUUUGAUUUUUUUUUUCCAUUUCAAAAAUCCAAAUGUUUUGUAAAACAUUGAGUAUUUUCAAUUUUAUGAUAAAAACAUUUUUCUUGUCAUAUUAUUCAGUACCAAAUUAUAGUUGGCCUUAGAUCAUAUAUUGAUAUGUAUAUGAUCUAAGUAGUCAGCUAUAUUCUAGUGGUGUUUAUAUGUCUAUAGCACUGAGAUAGAUAAGAAUAUACUCUAUAUUAUUUUCUAAUUUGUAAUUGGUAAUACACGAUAACCACCAGGACACAUUAUAGACAUAUAGCCUAUAGACUAUUAAAAUAUUAUGUUCAAGGCCUCUUUUUAAAAUUAAACUAUAUAUUAUAUCCAAUAUAUGCAAUAUAGGUAAUAUUAUGCUUUAUUAUAUUAUUAUCAUAAUACAUUCAUAUUUCAUCCUAUCAUAUUUAUAUUAUUAUAAUUAUGUCAAUAUAGACAAUUAUAGUGUUACACUAAUUUUAUUUAUUAUUUUGUUAAACUUUCUAUGUUUUAAUAACUGAUAUUCCUAUUCAUUUCCAAGAAAUUAAAGUUAUUACCUACCUACUUGAAACAUUUGAUCAGUUCAAUUUAAUGUUUCAAUCAUCAUCAAUUUAAAUUAAUACAUACUUAAUAAUUAAUUUACAUAAUACUUUACAUUUGAACUGGUUUUUAAAUUUAUAUUUUAAACUAAAAAUAAAAAAACAAACUUCUAACUUCUAUUAUAGGUCAUAUAAAUGAUCUGAUUCAUUUCAAUCAGGUAAACAAGAUGAUCUGGUUCAAAGACCUGUAUAAUGUAACAUAUUUUAGAUUCUUGUAUUAUUAUAAAAAAAAAUUUUAAAAUAGUGAAGUAUCAUAUAAAAAAUUGAUCACUAUAAUUUUAUAUUUUAUACAAUUUUUAUUUUUAGAUCCUCAAAUUUAACUGCACAGUUCAGAUAUUACUUAAGUUUAUUUCUAGAGGAGAUUAUGAAGAACUUCAGAGAAUGAUUAUUAAUUUUUUUUUCUUAAUGAUACCAGAACUGAAUAAUAAACAAAAAAAUCAACUGAUAGAAUUGUGUUUUAUCGAGGUAUAGAAAUAAAAUAUAUUAAUUAGUAAUAAAUUAUUAUCAUUAGUGGUUUUUUCUUAGAGUAGUUAAUUGACCUACUCUAAAAAAUGUAAUACUUAAUUAAUCCAUUUUUAUUAGAAUAAAAUUAAAUCAAUAUUUAUUCUGACAUAAAAUAUAUGUAUUGAAACCCAUUUUUGUUUUAAAUGUAAUUUCAUUAUUUAGAUUUAAAAAUAAAUCUAAAAGUAUGUAACUGAUUAUGUAUUCAUUAUUUAAUCAUGAAGUGCAUAAUUUGUUAUUUUUGGAUUUCUUCUUUCCUAUUAUAUUUCUGUAUUUUAUCUUUUUAUCUUUAUUUGUUAAUUUUUUUUCAAAACCAAUUUAUAUUAGCGUCAAUUUUUUAUUUUAAAUCAACUUGUUAUUUAUUCAAUUAUGAUUCUAAAUUGAGAAUUAAAAUUUGUAUUUUUAUAUAGAAAAUCAUAAAUAUAAUUACGAAAGGGCUUUUUUUAAGAACAUGGAAUGAUACUUAUAAAAAAGCCUGGAUAAUAUUGUGGAAUGCAACAGAUAAAGCAUCAGUUUGUAAAAGGUUCCUUGAUGAAUUUUAUAUGGAUUAUUACAAGGAAUUCUUCUCGGUAGAAAUAAUAAUAACUAAAUGAAUGCAUAUAGUUUACAAUUUAGUUUUCUUUUUAGUAUUUUACAAAUCAAUAUGAUCUGAUGGUACAUAUGUUGGGUGUAUUGGGAAACGUUGCUGAAGUUAAAAAUCUUCGACCAAGACUAAUUCAACGUAAAAUUAUUAAAGUGUUAUCUGAUCAAUUGUUUUCAACUCAGGAAGGAAUUGAAGUAACAAAAAUUAUUGAUUUUUUUUUUCGGUUUACCUAAGCAAUAAUAUUUUUUCUUUGUGUAUAGGUUAGUUAUAAUGCUGCUAGAAUUAUUGCAUAUUUAGCUUCAGAUGAUAAUACAGUAUGGCGUAUAAAAGGUCCCAUAAGAUGUCAAGUAUUAAAAAAAAUGACUGAAGCUAUGCUAAACUGGAAUCUAGAUGCCCAACUACAACUUGACUAUCGUUCUUUUAAGUCAAUAUUACAGCUGGCUAAAGUAAGGCAUACUGUUGAAUGUGUCCAUUGGGCAGUCUGGGCUUUAGCAAAUUUCACUAAAGUAUGCCGUAAGUAUAAUAUUCAAUUGUUUAAAUGUCUUUUUUUUGUAGUAUGCUACCAAUUAAUUAAUGAAUCCUGACAAGCAUAAAUCUCUCUACCCCUCUUUAAUCAUUUCAGUUUUUCAGUCAACUCUAGGUCUUAAUUUUCUUAAGUCUUUGAAUAUCAUCUUCUCACCAUAAUUUUGGAUAACCUAAAAGGUCAUUUUCCCUGAAGAAUAAAUUCAGUUUUUGAACCUGUUAAAUAAGUUUGUCUAACUUAUACCAUGCAUGUAUUUAUAAUAUUCAACUUAAAUCCAAAUUGAAUUGCUCAAAAAAAUAGUUCAUAGUUUUGAUUAUAUAUUAUUGGUUUAAGCUGAAAAAUGCUGUUCAAUUGUGAUAGCUGAAGGAGGUAUAAGAAUUAUGCAUGAAUUACUUGAAGAUGAUCAAAUUAAUGAGAAUAUGGCAAUCAACAGCUUAGCCAAAACUGUCAUUAACCAAUGUAUGAUUUUCAUGGAAAGCACUGAAGAGGCAUCACAGAUUGAUAAAUGA